AUGACAUCAAAUCAGCAGACGUCAUCAAAUCAUUCUACUUUAGUUGCGCAACAAACCACACCUGAGCACCAGACCCAAUCUGAGAACGAGCUUUCACAUGAAGAGCAGACGACACCAAAUGGAGAGACGCUUCCAGAGCAGCAGACGUCAUCUGAGAAGCACGCGACAUCUGAGGAGCAAGCGACAUUUGAGCAGCACGCGACAUUUGAACAGCAGUCAUCUGUGCAGCAGACGUUAUCCGAGCAACACAUCACAUCUGAACAGCAGACAUCAUGUGUGCAGCAGACUUCAUCUGAGCAACAGACAACAACACUUUCAUCAAACACAACAUAUAGUUUUGAACCUAUGAUGACAGUUAUUAACAAAAUAGCAGACGGACAACGAGUUCCGCCACGGACUACUAUGAAAUAUGAAAUGUUAAGAUUUAGCACCCUCCGAUCUUUCCCAAAAGAGAACAAACCUUAUAUUACCAGAUUGGCUGGUGCAGGAUUUUAUUACGCAAACGAAGGAGAUGAAGUCAUCUGCUAUUGUUGCGCGCGACGUAGAAGAAAUUGGACAGAAUUCGAAAAUCCUUUAGAAGUGCAUAGAGAAUUAAAUCCAAACUGCAGCUUCCUUAUUCGUAAUUCUGAAGUAAAUGUCUCAGUAAGACAAAGUAUUGAAAGUUCUACCGGAGAAUCUCACUCAAACCUUUCAACAAUUAAUAGAAGCCAGUCUAACGCCAAUUUUCGUAAUGAAUUAACGGAAGUAAAUGUGUCGUCUGCAGUUGAGACUGGAUCACAAAUUCAAACGAAUCAAAACUCUGAACACUCGUCUUUUGCAAGCAAUGUGAUUUCAUUAAGAGGAGGGAACCAGUCUGUUUCACUACUUCCUGUUGAUGUACAGCAAACGACUACAGAGAACCAAUCUUCAAAUAACUCAACAGCAUGUAAGGAUAAGUCUGUAUCGAAAAAGCAAACCGGAAGUGAAUCAAUUUCAACACAAGGAACUGAAGGCAUAGACAGAGGUUCCGGAAAUGCGUCUGCAGACAUAGAUAGACUGAUGCACACAAACGCUGCACAAAGCGUCUUGGAGAUGGGUUAUCAUCCUGACGUCAUUAGAAGAGCUAUCAGAAUGGUCCUGUCUUCAACAGGACAUGGAAUUUUAACAGCUACAAACCUACUCGAGAAAAUCUUUGAAAUCGAAGACUCUCAAUCUCAAGAAAAUUCUGCACCUGAGAAUGCAACAACACAGGAAACAAAAAGUUUAGGAAAUAGACAUGAAGACGCAACUCCUUCUCAAAACGCCUCUGGAGAAAAUGGUGCUGUUGCCAGGGGUAAUGAGAAACUGCUUAACAAUGGGUCGUCUGAGAACCAACCAGAAACUGCGACUCGUCAUAAUGAUGACGACAGAACAUUUGCUGCUAAGAAUGUAAAUGGCAAUAAAAGCCAAGCCAGACAACAGGACGUGUCAAGUAUGUCGUCAGGCGGAAGUAAACGGGCAAAUUUAAAGCAAACGACACGUGAAAGGCCCGCAAGCCUUGAUGCACAUAUUAGGGAGCAGAAAAGGCUAAAGGAGGAAAAUGAUAUGUUAAAACAACAAUGUUUAUGUACACAGUGUCAUGUUAAUGACGUCUGUAUCGUUUUCUUACCAUGCGGACACCUUGUCACGUGUGAAACAUGUGCACCUACUGUACGAUAUUGCACGGUGGCCACGUGUGGCAAAUAUAUUAGAGGUACCGUGCGCAGAAGCCUGGCUUAAAGAAUUUAAAGAAAGAAGGACGACUGAAUAGACAAUGUAUAUAUUCAUGAACGUAUCUUAAAGAAAAGGGAAACCAUUUUUACAAAAUAACAGUUUUGUAAACAUAAUUGUUAUUAUAUUUAAGAAUACCUUACCGUACUUAUCCAGUCUUGAAUUAAAAAUGAGUGAAACACCUCUGGUGUAUCAGGUGUGUUGUUAG